UUUCUUUGUGCGCAAUAAAUGAGUGUAGCAGAUGGUUACGGGUCCAUCAGAGGCUGCGCUGAGAGACGCAAGCAUCUGAGGGCAGUUAUCAGUCAGUGAGUCAGUCAGUCAGGUAGAUGUUUAGAGGAGAUGUCUCACCAGUCGCUCGUGGACUGACCGGACAUUCAUCGCUGUUCACCGCUCGAGCGUCAGGGAAUGCGCGGGAGGAGAUGAAACUUUCCCUCAGAGAGACCGAGCGCCAGGAGAUCUUUCCAUCAGAAGACUAUCGAGAUUAUUGGCUUGUUAUCGGGCUCUGCCGUCAGAAGUUUUGUAAAUGAAGAUUUCUGCCGUUUUACAUCUGGUUGCUCUCGCAGCUUUACUUCACGCUUGUUCUCACGUGUGUGCCGUUCCUCCAGAAUGUGAUCUAGACGUCAUGCUAAUCAGAGAGGAGGAAAACUGCUACAACAUCAUCUUUCAAGAGAACCUGACAGAGACCGGUUCCACACGCACAGGCUGCAGUGCUUUAUGGGAUGAUCUGAACUGCUGGCCUCAUGCUGAAGUAGGAGAGACUGUGUCACAGCCGUGCCCCAGUUUCCUUCGGGUCAAAGGAGCGGUGAUGAAAAACUGCACUGAGAAUGGGUGGUCUGAAGUCUUUCCCCCGUACGAACUCGCCUGUGGCCAUGGGCUCAAUGACAGCUUUCAAAUUCCCAUUGACUUGGAGGUCUCACAUGAGUAUUUCUUUUAUGUGAAGAUUAUGUAUUCUACGGGAUAUGCCAUCUCUCUUGUCUCACUCAGCAUUGCCCUCACAGUGUUGUGUGUGUUCAGGAAGCUGCACUGCACUCGUAAUUUUAUUCACAUGCAGCUUUUUUUGUCCUUCAUCCUGAGAGCCAUUUUCAUCUUCAUCAGAGAUGCUGCGCUGCAUUACUCACAGGAGUACUACCACUGCAACUCUCAUCCGCCUGGCUGCAAAGUGGCACUGUUCCUGUCUAAUUACUGCAUCCUGGCAAAUUACAGCUGGCUGCUGGUGGAAGGACAUUAUCUGCACAGCCUCAUAAACCUCUCACUGCGUUCACAGAAGAAACGCCUGCACUGGUACAUCCUGCUUGGCUGGGGGAUCCCGAUGCUCAUUAUUAUUAGCUGGAGUUUGGCCAAAUACCUGCAUCAGGAUGAAGGAUGCUGGGAGACGAGAGAUCAUGGCUGGAUAUGGUGGAUACUGCGAGUUCCAGUCAUCAUUUUUAUUACAGUAAACAUGCUGUUUUUUCUGAGUAUUAUUCGGACAUUAGUGGCAAAACUGAAAGCUCCUGACAUGCAUGGAAGUGAAAUUAAUCAUCACAGGUGAGAGAUAAUAACACGUUUGAGGUCACUAGCAGAAUUGCGAAAAUAAUGAACAUGACAAAAAUAAUGUGCAUUUUUAAUGGAAAAUUAUUGUUUGUUCUUUUUUUUGUGUACGGCUCGGGUCACAGAAAUGACAUACUCCAGCUGAACAAACACAGCUUCGUAUGAUUGAAAAAUCAAUGAGGGCAUAAAACAGAUGCAGAAAUCUUACUCAUUAUCCUCUUUUUUUUUAUGGUGUAGGAAACUGGCGAAAUCUACAUUUCUCUUAGUGUCGCUGUUUGGGCUGCAGUAUGUGCUCUUCGCCUUUUUCCCUGAUAGA